AUGAACUUCGGCGGAUAUCCAGGUACUCGAGGGGGCGCAAAUGGCGGCGAGAUGUCUGCUGAUGAGCAGCAGCAACAGAUGAUCAAAAUGAUGCAAGCUGGGUUGGAAUCUUGUCCAAUCAAGACUGUCAUCUCUGGAGGGGCCGGAUUUGCUCUUGGAGGGGUUUUCGGGCUGUUUAUGGCCAGUAUGUCCUACGACACACCCAUGACCGGCGGCCUACCUGGUGCAAAAUCACUGGCAGACCUGCCGCUGAAGGAACAGUUAAGACGAGGAUUCAAGGAUAUGGGCCAGAGGUCAUAUUCUAGUGCGAAGGGUUUUGGACUUGUGGGAGCAAUGUAUGCAGGUUCGGAAUGCUGCAUCGAAGGGUUCCGAGCCAAGAACGAUAUGUACAACAGUGUGGCUGCUGGGUGUGUUACCGGAGGUGCACUCGGAGUGAAAGCGGGGCCCCAAGCUGCGGCUUUCGGAUAUGGACUAAUCGAUUGGACAUUUUUAACAUAUAUAUAUAUCUCUUCUGCACUCAUUUCUUUUGUCCAGAAAUUAUCUCUCCUCAGCAGCUUCAUAAAUGGGGGUCUAUACACAUUUUCGAUUUAG